AUGAGGUUCGCAAAAUCAAACUCUAUUCUCUCAUACAGUUUCAAGAUGGAUAUUAACUUCCUUGAUCCAAACUCUAGAGUUGCUACUCGUAGCCUUUACAAGAUUACAGCUAAUAAAGAAACAAACGGUCAAAUUACAAUCUCAUACUCAUCUGUUGUUGCUUACGCGAAUGUUAAAUCUCAAGUUAUCACAGAAACUUCUAGCACAUUCCUUUGGUGGGAAUUUGAUAAGCAGAGGUCAAUCCAGUGGCGUCCACUUAACAACGUUGAACUCGAUCAAGUUAGCGAUUUCCUCCAGAGGGCUGCAGCUUCACAAGAGAGCAAAUUGCGUAGCAAAUGA